GAAAAUUGACAGCGUGCCGCUCCAAGCUGAGAGGACCAUCUCGCCUACAUCGUGGUUGCACGUUACAAAAUCGAACACUUCGUCAUCGCGAUCUGUUGGAAAGCGGAAAAGGACUCUUUGAACGCAAGCUGAAUGAGCGUCUGCUCCCGCAAGCGAGAUACCGUUCGCCCCUCAUUCCCGUCACCGGUCGCUCAAAGGGCGUCAAGGAUGAAGAGUGUCCGCCCAGAGUGGAUAAGCUGCGCUACAGCAAGUUCACAUCCCCGCACUUCCUGGAGGAUGACGACGACGAGAAGUUUAUAAUCAAUGGAUGUGCCGCUCAUAUACCCAUGGCCGUUACCCGAUUUGGCGAAUCGAACCAGGUGCUCACCCACCGAGCCCUGUGCAGCUUCUCCGAUUACAUGUACAAGAGGAAGCGCGACGUUUGGUGCUGCGGCCAGGACUUGACCAGGCCGGCAGUAACUUGUCCACCGGUGGGACACUUUGUGAUUUAUCACGACGACAUCGGCUUGGUUCCCAGCUACGCGGGUCAUGUGCCGGGAGAGCUCUACAAGUUUGGACGUACCUAUGGCAAGACAACAAUCAAUGCCAAGCGCUGGCUAGAAAUUCACAGGGGUCUUACCGGUCUGCCAGAGGUGUCGAAUCUCGACUACACUUAUUAGUGAGUAUACUUAAACUCAU